UUUGAAUUUUUAUCUUUCUGUUUUGUGCAGUGGGAAGAGAUUGGUGAAGUUGAUGAAAAUUAUGCCCCCAUUCACACAUACCAAGUAUGCAAAGUUAUGGAACAGAAUCAGAAUAACUGGCUUUUGACCAGUUGGAUCUCCAAUGAAGGUGCUUCCAGAAUCUUCAUAGAACUCAAGUUUACUCUGCGGGACUGCAACAGCCUUCCAGGAGGACUGGGGACUUGUAAAGAAACUUUUAAUAUGUAUUAUUUUGAGUCAGAUGAUGAAAAUGGGAGAAACAUCAAGGAAAACCAAUAUAUCAAAAUUGAUACCAUUGCUGCCGAUGAGAGCUUUACAGAACUUGAUCUUGGUGACCGUGUCAUGAAACUGAAUACAGAGGUCAGAGAUGUAGGACCCUUAAGCAAGAAGGGAUUUUAUCUUGCAUUUCAAGAUGUGGGUGCUUGUAUUGCUCUAGUUUCUGUUCGUGUGUACUAUAAAAAAUGCCCUUCUGUGGUACGGCACCUGGCUAUCUUCCCCGACACAAUCACUGGAGCUGAUUCUUCACAGCUUCUUGAAGUGUCAGGCUCCUGUGUCAACCAUUCUGUGACAGAUGAACCACCCAAAAUGCACUGCAGCGCUGAAGGGGAAUGGCUGGUGCCCAUCGGGAAAUGCAUGUGCAGGGCAGGAUAUGAAGAGAAAAACGGCACCUGUCAAGGUAAGGCUUUACCUGCAGGCUGUCUGCUUCAGUCGGAUCAUGUUUAUGUAUUUUCUUCAGUGUUUAUGAGCAAAUGACCUUUUGCUUUGCUAAUUUAUGAAGAUUACUUCUCUUCAAGUUUGAUUUUUCUCUUCUCAGAAUUCUAACAUUUCUGGCAACGAUGAAAGAUUUAAUGUGAUAUUUUAUUGCAUAUACAUAAUUAAUACUCAGAGAGCAUCUUACUUGCAGUGUAAUAUUUAUAUUCAUUUUGUUCUCAAAAGUUUUAGUUUUGAACAACCCAAAUCAAAACUUUCUUUGUAUGACUGCUUUGUUUGUAUGACCACUGAGGCUUUCUCUCCAUGAAGUCGUUUUCUGCUCUUUACUUGCUGUGUAAAACUCUAAUGCAAAUCUUAGACGGUGAUUGCUUUUGCAUGCUCUUAACUGCCUUUUUACAAUUCUUCAGAAAUAAGCUCAGUCCUAGGAACUCCACAGCAUAACAUUUGUACGGUGACAGGACAUAGUUUACUAUGUUG